UUUUGUUUUUCGAAAAACACAAACAAUUUAUCUGUGGAGUGUAUAGAACAAUUCCAUUUCAAUGUUUUCUAUGACACAACUCCACGAUUUUGGUCGAGACUGAACGAGCUCUCUCCAUCGGGUUUGUGAUAAGAAUAUGGCGGAACAAUAGCAUCCAUUGGUGGGUGGAGCUGGUCAUUGGGUCAUGUCCUUCACGCAAAAUCAAAGUUAAAUGCACAAAAUCUCAUAUCUUUGCUACAAACCGAGGUAUAUAUCCAUUGUAUACCAACUGUUUGAUGUUUUGUCGCUAAGUACCUCUCUGCUUCGAUCAAGUCUAGUCAUGUCAAUCCUUUUGUAAUUCAAAACUUGGGUAUCAGUACUCAAUACCCAUAGCUGGCUACCUUGUGGGUUUGAUCACGACCGACCUGAACAAUGUUCUCGAGGAGAGGAAUGAUAUUAGCGUUGGCGUUGAAGCCUCAUUUUCUUUCAGGAGUUUCUUGUUCUUGCUCCAAUGCUUCUUCCACAGUUGUAAAUAGGGAGGCUGAAGUAGUAACUCACUUUGUACCAGUUGCUUAUUAUUGUAGUAGACUUCAUCUUUCUCCAUUGUUUCCUGAUGCUAAGCCUUCUUCAAAUGGUUAUGAAAUUGAGCUUGUGGACCAUGAUGCUUGGCGGUUAUCAUCGGGUUUGGCACAAGCUUGGCAAGGAAUGGACGGGGCUGCAAUGGGAACAAGUUCGUUGUCUGAGGAAGUGGUUGAUAAUUGUUCCCAACCUGGUCAGGAAGACCCAGAUUUUGAUGAAAUUGAUAAUAUGAGAAUUCGUGGCAAUCUUUUCUAUAAGCUUGAUCGUGGUUCCAAAGAGUUUGAAGAGUACAGUUUCGACUUUCAUCGUUAUAAGAAAUCUUUGAAGAAAAAGGAUGAUCCAAAGGAGAAGAAAAAUGAAAGUCCUCGUCAAAAUGUAGCUUCUGUAAGUGACAAACUACCUAAAGUUUUGAACAAAAAAUCUGGCUUAAUGUCUCCAAUGGAUGAAAUAGAAAGUACUUGUGUUGGGAAGAAGAAGCUAAGGGCUCCCACUUUUAAUCAGCUUACAGGUCCUUAUCAUGAACCUUUCUGCCUGGACAUUUACAUUUCGAAAGCAUCUGUCCGUGCCUGCAUUGUUCAUAGAGCGACAAGUAAAGUUGUGGCUGUAGCGCAUUCCAUAUCAAAGGACAUGAAAUUCGACCUGGCUUCAACUAGAGAUUCAGUUGCUUGUGCUGCUGUGGGGACAGUUUUGGCUCAGAGAGCUUUGGCUGAUGAUAUUCAUGAUGUGAUUUACACACCAAGGAAAGGGGAGAGGUUGGAGGGCAAGCUUCAUUUUGUGCUUCAGUCUAUCAUGGACAAUGGCAUCAAUGUGAAGGUGAAGAUAAAGCAAAGAAGACCCAAGAAACCUGGUCCUUCAUCUUAUUAGUUUAGCCUGCUUAGGAGCAUGAAUAGUUAAGUGCGUGGAUUGUGGUUUUGUAGUUUUCAUUUCUUUAACAUACUUCUUGAAACAUAUUUUCUUCUUUGUAAGCUAUGAAUAUAAAAGUAGAAGAUUUUCUGCUUAUCGUC